AUGAAGUCUCUGAUCCUGUUGGCUCUCUUCGCUGUGGCUUAUGCCGCCCCCCUGGAGGAGGAGGACAAGAUCGUUGGUGGCUAUGAGUGCCAGAAGAACGCUCUGCCCUACCAGGUCUCUCUGAACUCUGGCUACCACUUCUGCGGCGGUUCCCUGAUCAGCAGCACUUGGGUUGUGUCUGCUGCCCACUGCUACAAGUCCCGCGUUCAGCUGCGUCUGGGUGAGCACAACAUCGAGACCAACGAGGGCACUGAGCAGUUCAUCAACUCUGCCAAGGUCAUCAGGCACCCCAGGUACAGCAGCUACAACCUGGACAACGACAUCAUGCUGAUCAAGCUGAGCACGCCCGCCAAGCUCAACAGCUACGUCAACACUGUGGCCCUCCCCUCCAGCUGCGCUGGCGCUGGAACCAGCUGCCUGGUCUCCGGAUGGGGCAACAUGAGUGGAAGUGGCAACAACUACCCUGACCGCCUGAGGUGCCUGAACAUCCCCAUCCUCAGCGACAGCACCUGCAGAGGAGCCUACCCCGGCCAGAUCACCUCCAACAUGUUCUGCGCUGGAUUCAUGGAGGGAGGCAAGGACUCUUGCCAGGGUGACUCCGGUGGCCCCGUGGUCUGCAACGGUGUGCUGCAGGGUGUGGUGUCCUGGGGAUACGGCUGUGCCAUGAGGAACAAGCCCGGUGUCUACGCCAAGGUCUGCAACUACAACUCCUGGAUCAGCAGCACCAUGUCCUCCAACUAAGUUAUUCAUCUACGAUGAGACUGA